GCAUCCCAUUCUAUCACUAGGGGUAUCCCUCAUGGCGCGAGGCGCAUUCAUUGUCUUGGAGGGGCUGGACAGAUCGGGCAAAUCCACUCAGCUCAGACGUAUCAGUGAAGCGUUGAGGCAGAGGACAGGGAAAGAGGUGGUGGAGAUGGGAUUCCCUCGGCGGAGCAGCGCCAUUGGCAAAAUGCUGGACACGUACUUGCGGGACUCCUCUUCUAAAAUGAGAGACGAGGCCGUGCACUUGCUGUUCUCGGCGAAUAGGUGGGAGGCGAUGUCGGAGAUGCUGAGCCACUUGGCUGCGGGAAGGCAUAUAGUAUGUGAUCGAUAUAUCUUCUCUGGAGUGGCAUACACUGCAAUGAAGGGAACAGUGGACUUUGAGUGGUGCAAGAGCGUGGAUGUCGGCCUACCCAAGCCUGAUUUGGUUGUAUUCUUGGACUUAAGUCCAGAGGCUGCUGCCAAGAGAGGGGCUUAUGGCGAGGAGCGGUAUGAGAAGGAGGAUUUGCAGAUGAAGGUGCGCACAAUGUACACCAAGUUCGAAAAGGAGCCUUUUUGGCGAAUAUUCGAUGCUGAUAGACCGGCUGAGGAGGUAACCCGCACAGUUACUGACGCAGCAGUGGCAGUAGCUCAAGCGCUCGAGAAGGAUAACGCCAUGAGUAUUGACAAGAUAUGGUGGCCGAAAGAAACCAAUCUGACGGGUGAAGCAGGCAAAUCAUCAAUUAACUUGGAGAGCUUUUAGUAGGGUUCUAGCGCUAUUCGUAGUGGCUGAGGAAGGGCCCUUGUUCGCCUACGAGGUUUCAAUGAG